AAAAAAAAGGCAAAUCAAGAAAGGUUCUUUUCUUGGCCAGUUAUAAGAAGGAGAAGCGUUCAAGCAACCCCAGUCUCCCAGUGUCUCCAUCUCUCUCUAGAUCUUACUUAAAUCUCCGAAGUCCACGGAGGUUACUAGAGAUUUCAUAAAGUAUCGAACUUUAAUGACACUUCUCUUUGGAAACUAAAGAUCAAACUUUCUGGGGCAUGGAGAUUCUUUCUUCCAGUACCGCAUCUUGUUGUCUUGUUGUAAAUUUGAGGUGGAAACUAGCUGAAAAUGGAUCAAAUUCUUCCCAGUUAAAGCUCCCUACUAGUAGAGAACGCAAAAUUCUGUUUGCUAGGACUAAUCAAAGAAAUGGGUCACUGAGAUUUUCUAGUGUUGAUAAGUUCUUGGAAAAACUCAAUCAUGGGAAAGGUUCUAGGUCACUUGACUCAUUUGGAGGGUUAAAGAAUGGCAAUUCAAAGGUUUUCAGUGGAAAUUCUAGUAGUUAUGUGGUUGGUGGAGAGGAUGACGUGGCGAGUAUUACAGAAAAUGGAGAAUCUCCGACUAAGGUUUUGAUUCCGGGAUUGCCAGAUGAAUCCAAUGGUGAAUAUAGUGCCCCCAUAAGCAGUUGUUUUUGGAAAUGGAAGCCUAAACUUAAUGUGCAUUAUGAGAAAGCUGGUUGUGAAAAUGUGAAUUCUCCACCAGUGUUGUUUCUUCCUGGAUUUGGUGUUGGUUCCUUUCAUUAUGAGAAGCAAUUGAAGGAUUUGGGUCGUGACUACAGAGUAUGGGCGAUUGAUUUUCUUGGGCAGGGAAUGUCAUUGCCAGUUGAGAAUCCCACUCUGUUCUCAAAGGAUGGGGCUGCCUCAGAAGGGAAGGAUUCCAUUUGGGGGUUUGGAGAUGAGAUUGAACCAUGGGCGAAUGAGCUUGUUUUCUCUAUGGAUUUAUGGCAGGACCAAGUUCACAAUUUCAUAGAAGAGGUAAUUGGCGAACCAGUAUAUAUUGUAGGGAACUCGCUGGGAGGAUUUGUUGCAUUAUACUUUGCAGCAAGAUACCCUCAUUUAGUGAAAGGUGUUACAUUGCUAAAUGCAACUCCGUUUUGGGGUUUUCUACCUAAUCCAAUAAGAUCUCCAAGAUUAGCAAGGAUAUUUCCAUGGUCUGGGACAUUUCCUCUACCUGCAAAUGUUAGAAAGCUCAUAGAAUUCUUUUGGCAGAAAAUAAGUGAUCCUAAAAGUAUUGCAGAGAUACUUAAACAGGUUUACACAGAUCAUUCUACAAAUAUUGACAAAGUGUUUUCUCGUAUUCUUGAGAUUACGCAACAUCCUGCUGCUGCUGCAUCAUUUGCCUCAAUAAUGUUUGCUCCUCAGGGGCAGCUAUCCUUCAAGGAGACUUUAGCCAGGUGUAAAAUGAGCGAUAUUCCCAUUUGUCUCGUGUAUGGAAAGGAGGACCCCUGGGUGAAGCCUGUCUGGGGCCUACAGGUGAAACAGCAGGUGCCAGAAGCUCUGUAUUAUGAGAUCAGCCCAGCUGGUCACUGUCCCCAUGAUGAAGUUCCUGAGGCUGUGAAUUACUUGCUUCGUGGGUGGAUUAAAAACCUGGAAUCCCAUGGUUCAGUUGCCCUACCAUUACAUGAGGAUGCAGAAGUUGUGGAGAAUAGCAUUGCCAGGGACUUGGAAUUUGUGAGAGAAGGAUCAAGAAAAUCAGUUAUUGUUCGGUUCUUUGGAUCCAGGUUUUCUAUUUGGAAUAGCCUUAGCUCUUACAUUAAUUCUCAAUUCAGGAAAACUACUAGCCGAAUCCUGACACCAUAGCCACCUGCCCUAGAACAUGAUGUAAAUUCAAAACGAUUUUUCCUUCUCCUUCUUGUAUGCAACCAUACUUGUCUGAUACAUUAUAGCAUUAGAUGUAAAAAUUGUAGAAUCAAUGUGUACGUCCACAUUAGCUUGUA